AUGCCGGAAAAUAUGUACUCAUAUUGGACAGUUAUCGGUCACUGUACGAGUCAAAUGAAUUAAUGGUAUGGGAUUAAAUACGCGCAACAAAAGUGUCAAAAACAAGACGGAGUGUAGAUUACUAGAUUAUAGAGUUAUUUUUCUUAAAAUGCGAAAAAAUUGCGAAUAUCGGCAAAUAGCCGAUUAUAAAAAAUAAUCGGCCGAUUAUUUUGAAAACGCCAAAUAUCGGCCGUAACGAUUAAUCGGCUCAUCCCUAUUCAAUAUAUAUUUGUUUAGCACCAUGGGAAACAGCGACAAUAAAGAAAGAUUACAACAAAGUCUGUGAUGCUUAUGGCUGUCUUGGUGUGCUCAGACUAAGUUUAAGUAAGAUACAUUUAUAGCAGCUUUAUUAGGAACUGAUUACUUACAAUACACACACAAAUAACAAUGGACAGUUUUCAAACAGGAAAGUAGCAAACAGGUUGUAAUGAAUCCAAGCGAGGCUACCUCCUAAUUAAAUUACACAUUUACAAAUUUAAAUAUUAGAUGCAUGAUCUAAAAUUCUUAGAAAUCCUUUGAAAUACUUUAGAUGCACAUUAAAUACAAUAUAUGGUCACAACUUAGAACAAUCUUGAUUAGUAACGUUAAGCAGACUAUAGUGCUAUGCAAACUCUGUGUUUUUUACCUUUGAGAUGAUUCCUUGCUAUUAUUCGGUGAAAAUCAGGUACAACUAUAUGUAUAAAAAACAUUUAUAAUUUAUAAUAAAACACUAUUUUCUCUAGGAGCAGAUGACAGCUACCUAUACCUUGUAGUAGUCACUGCGUGUCGUUCUGUUGGCAAGAUAAAAAACAGCGAGAUAUCAUGUGUUAUGUCCACGGAGUUUAUCGCGUUAGGCGCUCACGACGAAGUAGGCAUUUCUGAAGUGCGCAAGCUGCUCAAUUCAGGCUCGUUUUAUUUCACCUUAUCUGUGAAGGAGAACGAAGUACCAUUGGAUUUGAGUUUGACUCAUCAAAGACAGUGUUCUGCCAAGGAGCCUGAUAAUAGAUUCUUUUGGUACGUUGUGUUAAGUCUUUAUAAAGUUGAAACUAAAAAUUGAACUAACUUUUUUUUUGUAAAUAUCAAACUCGUGUCACAAGUGGUAAAGGACACAUGUGACAACUGAAUGGUAUCUUUUUGUAAAGUUUUUGGCCGGGGGUGGGUAUUUAUUUUUUAAUUGAUAUUUAAGGUUGGGUAAUCAAUUUUUUUACUUUUUAAUGGUUGGGUCAGCAAAAUUUUUGCCAAGAAAAACAUUUCUCUUCAGUGCCACCCCCCACCAUAAAUAAUGACCGGUCCCUUAGAGCACUGCACCGAAUCUAGUCCAGUCCGAAUUGGAGGAUUUAAAAUGACAUCAUACGUAUAAAUCACUACUUAUAGUGAGGUGAAUUAAUUUUGAUCCAGCCCAAGGACUGAAUUAAUUUUGAUCCAGUCCUAGCAGUCCGAAAUGGAGGAUUUGAAAUGACAUCAUGUUAUAAAUCACUAUGUACUUAUAGUGAGGUGAAUUAAUUUUGAUCCAGCCCAAGGACUGAAUUAAUUUUGAUCUAGUCCUAGGACUGGAUCAAUAUACUUCACCAGGUAUCCAGUAUUAUCUUGUGAGCAAAAUAAAGCAAUAUGGUUGGCUAAUUUACUCAUGAAUAAUAAAUGAGUUUGAGAUAUAAAUAUUCUGGUCAGGGUACGUGUUUCCAAAAUGAAUUAUGCGUAACUUUAGAGCUCUGCUCACUGGCUUAUUUAUGUUACUAGGAACCAUGCCCUUCAUGUACAUCUCCAAAAGUUCGACAUCGACUGUUCUGUGUGGUUGCUGAAUAUCAUGUGUGGUGGUAUUGAACUAAAGACAGUGUACGCCGGCGCGAGGCAGGCUAAGGCUAUGGUUAUAUCAAGAUUGAGCUGUGAGAGGGCUGGUACGAGAUUUAAUGUCCGAGGUGUUAACGAUGACGGCCACGUGGCUAACUUUGUUGAAACUGAACAGGUAGAUAAGAUUAAUUUUGUUACCAUUCAUCAGGGCCGCCGCCGAGAGAAUUCGCGGGGCCCGAGGCAAAUCUUCUCUGGGGGCCCCAUGACAUCAUUAUUUUUAUCUAGACCCAAGUCAGUCACCCAACUAGACCUUAUCUAGACUGCAUGUGGAGCUACUGUAGGGGGCCCUCAAUUUCAAAAAUGCUCUGACCAAUUUAAAGAAUCGCGAACCUACUCAAUUUUAGACUCUCGUUCUCAAGUUGGGGCCCCAUUAAGGUGGGGCCCGGGGCAAUUUCUCCCCCUCCUUGCCCUCCCCCUCUCGGCGCCCCUGCCAUUCAUCCGCGCGUGUAUGUGCGCGUUUGUCUUUUAGCAAGGUAACUCAAAACCUAUCAGGCGUAUUGAUACGAAAAUUUGUUGGGAGUAGUGGACAUUGCCCGAGGGCAAACUGAUUAAAUUUUGGUUGUAUAAAUUUGGAUGAAAAUUUAAUGGGAAAUUAUCACGAGGCGAUAAGCCGAGUGUCUUACAUCUGAUAAAGUACGGACUGUGAGUGUUUUAAAUGGCUCAGUGAAAAACGAUCCAUCUUAUGAGUUCAUUGGCGAAGUAAUUUUAAGGGAUCAGUCAUUAUUUGUGGUGGGGGGUGGCACCGAAGAAUCGAAGAUUGAUAAAACUUUUCCUGAUCCAAUCAUGAAAAAGUCGAACACAUUUUCACAUGUCCUCUACCACAUGAGUUUGAUAACUGCUUGUGCAAUUUUCUGCAGUUUAAAGUUUCAUGUUGUCUGCGCGUGUACUUUCUUUGGAGACACCAUUUCCCUCCUGACAAAUCGAAGAGUGAUCAAGAUAGUGACUGUGAUUGAUUUACAUAUUGUAUUGACAUAUGACUGUUGACAUUGCUUUUCAGUCUUCAAUAUCUGAGCGGGUCUUCCUUUGAAAAUGACAAUAAAUUUUUAUUACCCAACCGAUGAGUUGUUUUGUUUUUUAUUCGGAUUUUCAUAUUUUUUACUGGGGUGGUGCCAGAAAUUUUAGGGGGGUGAGCCGUGAGCAGGUGACUGAAGCAACACAAAGUGUCACCAAACCCCAGUAAGGUCCUAUAUUCUAGGGGUGGAGCACUAGAGCCGUGAGGGGGAGUCUAGAGAGCAGAAAACAAAGUAUCCCUGGAAAAAGUGGGAAAAAAUCAUGAUUUCUAGCUUCGAAAAAAAGUUUUUUGAAGUUGUCAUAUCAAUGGAUUUGGCAUGUCCGAUUGUCUGUUGAGACUUGAGAGAGUUAAAGUUAAAUGAACCUGUAAAAGUGUAAACCCAAUAGGCCAAUACACAAUAUGCUUUUACUUUUAUAAAGUCAUUGACAUUGUGUCGUUUGAAUCCGAGUACAAUUUAUGAUGCAACUCCGAUGUAAAUAAUAUUUGGGGCGUAGAGAUUUUAAUCUAGGCAAGUCUAUUUCCUAAAAGAAUUAAAAACUAAAAAUAAUGUUCGUAAAAAUUCCAAACGUUCCUUGCAAGCAAGCUAUUUGCAUGACAAGGCACUGCAAACUCUAUUCAGGGGAGAUAAUAGAGUUUCAAAACUUUACAAUUGCUCCAAUAAACCAGUGAAUGCAAGCGAGGAGCGAUUAGUUUCAUAGUAUUGCACUGUCUUCUUCUAUUAGAGUGUACUCCUACGUUUAUUUUGUAUCAUGAUUAUCAUCAACACUCUGCACGUUGGAGUGGACUAUUUAAUUAUUUUUUAUUAUGCCAAAUAUUGGGGGGGCGGGUGAAAUUUUUUUUGGAGGGGUGGACAUUUUGUUUGGGGGGUUAUAUAUUGGGGGUAGCACCCCUGCACUCUUUCACAAAACGUCUGUGUUUUUUAUUUACCCAAACUUUUAUUCACUCAAAAUGUUCUCACUCAACCCUUUCUCUUCGGUGCCACUUCCGCCAUAAAUAAUGACCGCUUCCUAAAAAUAAACGUCCAAGCCGAGAAAAUCAAUGCUAAAGUUUAUGUAAAUUAACAGGAUUUUUUUAUCACGUUUUAAACCACCGACGCGCUGGCGAUUUUCUUUGACGCCUUUCCCUCAUGAAUCAUUAAUGCUUUGUAAAUAUAUUCACAAGAACUUGUGGUUAGAGCUGGACAACUGACCUCUGUAGCUCAGUUGGUUAGUGCUUUGCACCUGAAUCGCAUAUUCGAUUCCUGCCAGAGGGCGUAUAGUAGUUGUCCCAGAUAACUCCAGGUUAGGUUUAAAUUUGUACAUAAUCUUCCGGUCGAAUUUCCAUGAACAAAAACGCUUCAACUAACUUUGCAUAUGCCGCUGUUUUUAAGGUGAUUGUCUUAGACGACUGUGUUGCAUCCUUUGUCCAAACCCGAGGCUCGGUCCCAGUGUUUUGGGAGCAGCCUGGCAUUCAGGUUGGAUCUCACAAAGUGAAACUGUCACGAGGAUUUGAAGCGUCGUCUCCCAGUUUUGAGAAGUAAGUGUUGGUGAGAAGUUUGUACGCAGUCGUCAGCAGUAAUACAUAGUUUAAUAGCUUGCUGAUUUAGCUUUGACUUUUUCAAACAUAAAUUAACGUCUAUACAAGUACGUUAUGAUAAAGUUGGAAUGUCACCCAUGGUUAAGCCUGCAAAGCAGCGCCGCCCGCUUGAAAUAAAGUGCCUGUUUUGCAGGCUACCCAACGUUUAACAACCACCCUUAAUUUUGUUGCUACAAAUCUCAGUCGUCAAACCAUUUUCCAAAAGAUUGUAAGGUUUGUAUGUUUGAAAAAAACCUUUUGAUUAGCGUUCAUUCAAAAACAUUGGAAAAAUAUUGUGCUGGGAGGGGGGAAUAUAUAUUUCGCGGCUGCUCCUGGUUAUGUGCAGCCUGCCACGCAGGCUGAGCCUGCCGCGCAGGCUAUACGUUAGGUCUAAAUAAAUAUAUAAAUCUUUUACCUCGUCCUAAUAAGUACACUCUAAAAACACCCUGGUUAAAAAUGCCCUGGUUAAUUUAACCACAGUUGUGGUUAAUUUGAUCACGAGGUUGACCAUCUUGAACAAUUUUCCUGUAUUUGUUGCAAAAACCUAGUUAAGUGCAUUUGUUACUCGCAAUAAAUUUCCUCUUAGGGACCGGUCAUAAAGUAAUUGCUAGGGUGGGCUGGAGUGAUUUGGGAUGGACCAUGGAAAAUCUUUGGGCAGUUUCGAUGGGCCGCCAAUUUUUUUGUAUGUCCACGGUUGGGCCACCAAACAAAAACCCAUCAUGCAUGUUUACUUCAAAAAAUAAAGAUAUUAAUAAUAAAAGUAAACAAAUGUUAUCAAAUGCAAAUGAUGCUAUUGAAGCCAGUACUUUGUUUAUACAACAACAAGAAGUGGUCGAAUCACAGCAAAUACAACCAAUUGGAGAGCAGCUCAGUAUCAAUGUGUUGGUCAAACUUGGUGAAAUUAUGUAUGUCAAUACCACUAGUGCCAUGUAUAUUUACAAUGUUCAUACCUGCAAGUAUUUUUUAUUAUAAAAGUGUAUUUUCCCAAUUUAGAUUGGUUGGGUCAUGAAAUUUUUUUUGUAAGAUUAGAUGGGCUUUGAAAUUUUUAUCUACAUCCUAAGAUGGGUCACCGAACUUAUUGGCAAAAUUUGUGAUUUACCUCCAGCCCACCCUAGCAGUUACUUUAUGACAAGUCCCUUAUUUUUUACUGUCAAAAAUUAACACAAAAAUUGGAAAAAAACCCAUUUAAUGUGUAUGCUUAAUAAUAUAGUUAUUUCUAGUUUAACUUUUUUGUAUAUAUUGUAAAUAGCUCAUCUAAAUUUUAUUGAGGGCCAUUUGGUAGAAUACCUUUUCAGGUAAAAAUGUAUAUUUACCCUCACCAAAAUAAAGUUUAUUAUUAUAAUUAUUAUUAUCAUUAUUGUGGCUAAUUCAACCAGGACUCCUGGUUGACGUAACCAAGACUGUAUGGUUGAAUUAACCAGAUUGUGUUAGGUGGAUUAUACUCAGGAAUUGUUGGUAAAUACUCCACCUAACAUAAUCUGGUUUAUUCAACCAUAUAGCCUUGUUAAAUUAACCUGGACAGAGUGUAUAUUAGAUUCUCUAAUCCUCUUUAGACAUAUUUCUGCAUUAAAAGGCCUGUACGGUGAUCAGCUGUUGGUUAAUCUUCUUGGCAGUAAGGAGGGAGAAUCUUACUUGACCAAAGCUUAUCAGGUAAAGACACCAAUCAAUUCGUAAGCCAGUUACAGAUGAGCAAGUUUUGUAGCACAAGUUUUCAUUUGUAUGAUUCAUUUUCAAAUUUUCUGUGAUUAAAUUUUUGGUUUCUGACCGCCCCUAUAGCUACAGUAUUAUUAGCUAUAAUCACAACAAUAGAUCACCGACCCAACCCUAUGCAAGUGCUCAAAUUACUUUGCCAAAUUUCCUUUGUUGACCCGUAUAGCAUACUAGCUUUUGAACAAGUGUACUUGUCAUAGUAAAAUUGGCAAAGUUUCGUAUACGGACAAGCAAAUCAAACUUGCCGUAUGAGAACUUGUCAUAGAAAUCUUGAUUACGUCACUUUAAAGAAUCCACGAUUUUGGGGCGGCAGAUAGACAGCAGAAGAACCAGCUCGUAUUGGCGGGGUGUCGAAUAUAUUCGCUAUUCGAGUUCAAAUCCCGCUUUGUGUUGGGUUUUUCUCAUGAAUAUAUUGCAGUUUAAUUUAACGUCCAUAUUCUCCUGAUUAUCAAGGAUCAUCUGAAGACAUCUACACACAGUGGCGAUACACCGCUCAUUCUUUUCGACUAUCACGUGUUGUGCAAGGGAGGCAAGAAAGACAAACUGGAAAUGUUAAAGAAGAAAGCUCAGCCAUAUUUAGAUAAAUUUAAAGUGUUUGUGAGAAAAGGAGACGACAUCGUCAGGUAUUUUUGACGUAUUAUAUACUUAUUCUAAUUGUUAUAGGAAUUUUUUCAUGAUUUGGCGUGCUAAUCGAGAAUACUACUUACACUGGACCACCACGUUUGAGAUACUUUUUUCAAGUAGUUCAGGUACAAACUAGUGCAGCUUAUUGUAGAAUAAUACCUGAACCACCACGUUUGAGAUAUCUUUUUACAAAAUUCAGACACAAACCACGGCAGCUUAUUGUAUAGUAUAGUACCUACACUGGACCACCACUUUGAGAUAUCUUUUUCACGUAGUUCAGCCACAAACCACGACAGCUUAUUGUAGAACAAUAGGACCUAUACACUGGACCACCACAUUUGAGAUAUCUGUCUCAAGUAGUUCAGAUACAAACCAGUGCAGCUUCUUGUAGAAUACUACCUACACUGAACCAUCACGUUUGAGAUAUCUUUCUCAAGUAGUUCAGACACAAACCACGACAGCUUAUUGUAGAAUACUAUACCUACACUGAACCACCACAUUUUAGAUAUAUCUUUUUACAAAGUUCAGAUACAAACCAUGGCAGCUUAUUGUAGAAUACUAUCUACACUGGACCACCACGUUUGAGAUAUCUUUUUAGGUAGACACCGACCACUGUAACUUAUUGUAGAAUACUGUACCUACAGUACAGAACGCUCACAUUUGAUGUAUAGAUGGUUGACGUAUUUGAACAUUUCACCAUUUCGUUUUUAGUCAGCAGUGUGGUACAGUGAGGGUGAAUUGUUUAGAUUGUUUGGAUAGAACCAAUGCAGUGCAAUCAUUUCUGGGUGUAGAGGUGAGAUUCUAGUUGAAACUUUCUUUUACAAAUUCACCUUUAGGUUUUGCAAUGCUCCUUUUACUGUUCUAGAACAUUUGGAACACUGUUCUGGAACGAUAUGAAAUGGACUGCACACGGUGUUCCGGAACAGUGUUUAGAACAUUUCCUAUCACGUGAAAAUGGGCAGUGUUACGUGUUCUGUUCUGGCUGCCCCUACUCGAAAAUCGGGGUAGUCAGAACAGUCAUGUGACUGUCUUCUGUUCCUUUCCAUUAGUGUUCCGAAAAUCCGGAGUACUCCUAACAGUAAAUAGAGCAGCUUGUUGAUAAAGAGGAGAUUUUUUUGUAUCCUACGUAACACGCGCUCAAAACUAAUGCGUAUAAUAUAUCGCUUGAGGUUAUGACUAAAUUCAAAAUGUUUAUUUUUCGAUACGUUUCUCAAUCGGCAAACAAACUUAAAAAGUAUGUUUAGUGCUUUAUCUGUAAAAUAAUGCCAAAAUGAAGAGAUUUUAGAUGAUACGCCAAAGAGAAAAUGAUGUCUGAAGUUCAGUAAGUUUUGCUUAUAUGGCUAUAAAUAUGGCGUCAAUUUUAAAGCAUCAUUGAUAUUUGUACUUUAAUUGACAAUUUUUAACUAUUAUUUUAUGUUUCUCAACCGGCAGAUGCAUUUAAAAAGGUAGCCUACUCUAUAAACUAGAGAAUAAAGCUAAAACAAAGUAAUUUUGAGAGGAACGCCAAAAAGAUUUUAGGUUUUGAACAGUUUUCAUGCAAAUACGUGACAUUGAAAAAAAUUGCCUCUUAACGAGUUUUUACGAUUUUGUCAGUAUUAUACUCGUGCUACAUUAUAGAGAACAGUUCCGUGCGAACUGGUGGAAUUAUCCUGUAUGAGCAAUGUACUUUGGUUUGUCGUGAAUUAACCAAAUUUUCACUGUAGAUGUUGCCAAUCCAACUCUCGCAUCUUGGCCUUGGUGACAAAACAUCACUGGUGUCAAGAUUCGUGGAAUGUUUUAAGACGAUGUGGGCGAAUAAUGGCAACCUUGUCAGUCGUACAUAUACCGGAACUGGAGCAAUGGAGGGUGGAGCGAGGGUAAGAUGUUUUAUGACACUUUUCAAGGACGUAUUUCCUGUUUGUCAAGCCUGCGAGUUACUUCUUAGCAGGGCCUUUCAGAGGUGUUUGUCCGGAAAACUUUUUUGACCCUUUUUUAAUGUUGGGAAAAAUUUUUUAACCUGCUUGUUAGCCUCAGUAUCGGGCUCUAUUUCACAAUAUUUUGCAAAUAGAGCCUGACACAAACCUAAUGCGGCCACUCUCCACGAAAAGUAAAGUUUAUAUUUAAAGGCACAGUUUAGCCUUUUGAAUGAUGUUUUUUAAAGCGCAUUACAGCCCUUUUAAUUGAAAAAACUAAGUAGGAAAAUCAAUUAUAAAGCAUAAUUCAAGAUCAGCAAACUUAAUGUUUUUAACAUUUUAAAAUAAUUUUAUUGUUAAAAAAUUGAGUUUGAGGUGGGAUGUUUACAUGACUUUGUUCCAUGCACCGAUAAAAACACUCGUAUGAACACAAAAAUGUGUAUACUCGCACUUACGAAAGGCGUUUAUGCAUGUUUUCUUUUCGAAAAGGAAAUUUUGUUUCUGCAACGUAGGUGAAAAAAUGGAACAAUUUUCAUAAAAAAUAAGUUUAUACUUUUUCGAUACUGCAAUGCAGUUAAAAUAGACUUUUCGUCUAAAUGGUUGGUUUAAAAUUUCUUGUAAAAAGAAUCGAACAUUUGAAAAUAUUGCAACGCGACCUCGGAGAUGUUUUUGAGAUUUGCAAUUUUUGGCAAGCUUUUUCCAAAAUUUUCAACAUUUAUUGCAAAUUCUUCCACAAAUCGUAAGAUUUGUCUACAUUUGAGCUAAAUAGAAUAUGCAACCCUAUCGUAGAACGUGUUUUAACAUCGGCGUUUUUGCAACAAUACUUCUUAAUUUGGUCUGGCCUUGUCUUCGGAUUUUCUAUUCAUUACAUUAACCUCAGUAAGAGCUAAUACACUUGUAAAAUCACUUUACAAAUUGCAGUAUUUGUGAAAUUUUGUUUAGUUUGGCAGCAAGUUACACGAUGGUGCAGUAUCAGUGAGAAGAACGAUUAGAAAUAAUUUCUUCGACGGCAGUAAACAAGAAGCCAUUGACAUCUUACUCUUGGGAAAUACUUUUGUUGGUGAACUGGGAGACCGCGCCAGAGCUCUGCUACCUGGUUCCUUUCUGCAUGGUAAGAAAUAUGUCUUCUUUGGCAAGGGUUUGUAAGAAAUACUUAAGAGAGUUUGACUUGGUGUUAAACACUGAAUCAGUUCCCUCAAACAUUUCUUACAAAUCCUAGCAGACGUAGAAUUUUCCUAUGCAGAAUUUAUAUAUAUAUAUAUAUAUAUAUAUAUAUAUAUAUAUAUAUAUAUAUAUAUAUAUAUAUAUAUAUAUAUAUAUAUAUAUAUAUAUAUAUAUAUAUAUGUAUAUAUAUAGGAUAUUACUCGGCGACGUGAAGAUAUGACUUUUAUCUUCGAGUGGUGAAAACAAUAUUUUACGAACGAGCGCAGCAAGUAAGUAAAAUAUUGUCUUUAACACGAGAAGAUAAAAGUCAUAUAUCAUCAAGCCACCGUGUAAUGUUCUGUCACGUGAUCGAUAUCUUCAAAAGUCACGUGAUCGAUAUCUUCACUAGUGAAGAUAUGAAAAAUAUCUCACUUGUGUAUUUUUCAGUAUCUCUACUACAAUAAACUGUGAUCACAGAAACUUUGAUAUUAGUGUAAACCAGUCUACUCAGUCUUUAGGCUCUGAAUUGAAAACACGCGAGCAAAACGUGACCAAGGAGUUCGGACAAGCUCGUUGUACAUAUUUACGUAUUUAUUUCACAUCCCCUUGCGAGGCUUUUCAGCUCGUCCGAACAAAUUGGCGACUUGAGGAGCACACGAUUUUGUUUUGAAGAUGAAAUGGCAGAUUUUAACAACUUCUUGUAUUUAUUACUGACCUUAUCUAAAAGCAAAUAGCAAGGGAACCUCCAGAUGUACAGUAGAUGUGAUUUUAUGAAUUCAAAACAGUGUUGAUAAUACGCAUGAACUGCUAACAAGUUUAAAAACAUUGAUUUCGCACUUUUUAGUAAGAACUUAAAAUGAUUUUAAUGUGCACUAUACAAUUUUGAUAUCCCCCCACUUUUAUCCUCUCUCCCAAUUUCGUGUAAGCUGGAUCUUAUAAAUGUCUUUAUUUUCUCAGCUUCUCCAGCGAUAUUACGAGAGUUAUGCGACCGUCACUUGGAGUAUACAAAAUGGCGAACAGUUCGUGUCGGUAUUGGAACAUUUAACGUGAACGGCGGUCAUCAUUUCCGCAGCAUUGCAUACAAACAUCAAUCACUAGACGACUGGCUGUUAGAUUUUCAUAUCAGACAACCCCAGGGAUGUGUGCAGAACAAUACUGAUUUUACUGUGCCCACUGAUAUUUUUGCUAUUGGAUUUGAAGAGUUGGUUGAUUUGAAGGCUGGGAAUAUUCUAUCAACUAGGUAAUUCAUGUUUAGCUAUAUUCGAGUUUCUGGUAGUUUUUGGUUAUGUUGUUGUUGUUGUUGUUGUUGUUGUUGUUGUUGUUGUUGUUGUUGUUGUUGCUGUUGCUGUUGCUGUUGCUGUUGCUGUUGCUGUUGCUGCUGCUGCUGCUGCUGCUGCUGCUGCUGUUGCUGCUGUUGCUGUUGCUGCUGUUGCUGUUGCUGCUGUUGCUGUUGCUGUUGCUGUUGCUGUUGCUGCUGUUGCUGCUGUUGCUGCUGUUGUUGCUGUUGUUGCUGUUGCUGCUGUUGUUGCUGCUGCUGCUGCUGCUGCUGUUGUUGCUGUUAUUGUGGUUGCUGCUGUUGCUGUUGUUGCUGCUGUUGUUGUUGUUGCUGCUGUUGUUGCUGUUGUUGUUGUUGCUGCUGUUGCUGUUGUUGUUGUUGCUGCUGUUGUUGUCGUUGCUGCUGUUGUUGUCGUUGCUGCUGCUGUCGCUGCUGCUGUCGCUGCUGCUGUCGCUGCUGCUGUCGCUGCUGCUGUCGCUGCUGCUGUCGCUGCUGCUGUCGCUGCUGCUGUCGCUGCUGCUGUCGUCGCUGCUGCUGUCGCUGCUGCUGUCGCUGCUGCUGUCGCUGCUGUUGUUGUUGCUGUUGUUUGUUGUUGCUGCUGUUGCUGUUGCUGCUGUUGUUUAUUUGUUGCUGUUGUUUAUUUGUUGAUGUUGUUUAUUUGUUGAUGUUGUUUAUUUGUUGAUGUUGUUUAUUUGUUGAUGUUGUUUAUUUGUUGAUGUUGUUUGAUGUUGUUGUUGUUGCUAUUGCUGCUGCUAUUGUUUGUUGUUGUUGUUGCUGUUGCCGUUGUUUGAUGUUGUUGUUGUCAUACCGCUCUAGACUCUAUGCACACCAGAUUAUUAGUGCUGCAAAUCUAAAGUAACGCGUUGUCUAAUGUUCUUGUAUUUCUUUGUUGUUUAAGUGCAGCACAGCGUUUGGACUGGGGCGAGAAAUUAAAACGAGUGAUAUCACGUGACACCCCGUAUGUUCUUCUGACCAGUGAACAGUUAGUUGGUGUGUGUCUCUUUGUGUUUGUGAGAUCUGACCUGGUCAAUGAUAUCAGGUAAAUAAUUGUAAUGUUUAUGAGAGUUAGUAGGUUACACUUGGGUAGGUCUCACUGCACUUUGCCCUACAUUGCCUGGGGAAUCGCAGGGCCGCAGGUUCGAUUCCUGCCAGAAGACCUAUAGUUGCAUUUUUCGUAGCUGUUCCUGGUUUGGUCUAAUAAAUGUACAAAAUCCCUUCAAAAUUUGCACACUUAACCUAUCAUUUUCCAUGUGUAGAGAUGUAGCUGUUGACAGUGUGAAGACAGGUCUUGGAGGAAGUGCUGGCAACAAAGGAGGCGUUGCUAUAAGAUUUCUGCUUCAUUCUACCUCGCUGUGUUUUGUCUGUUCACAUUUUGCUGCGGGACAGUCGAAUAUUGUCGAUAGAAAUAGUGAUUAUCACGAUAUUGUUAACAAGAUAGAAUUUCCUAUGGUAAGCUUGAAUUUUAACCUCUGUUUGUUUGUUUGCUUGUUCGUUUGCUUGUUCGUUUGUUUGUUUGUUUGUUUGUUUGUUUGUUUGUUUGUUUGUUUGUUUGUUUGUUUGUUUGUUUGUUUGUUUGUUUGUUUGUUUGUUUGUUUGUUUGUCUGUCUGUCUGUCUGUCUGUGUCUGUCUGUCUGUCU